AUGGCCGGCAAAAAAGGAAACCCGAUCUCUGAAAUCCGUGAAAUCCGAUCUGCUCUUAGGGCCGCCAAAGCGGCAACGGUUGCCGCACAGGCAGCUACGGAGAAAGUCGCCGCACAGGCGGCGGCGGACAAAGCCGUUGCGGCGGCUGCGGCGGACAAAGCGGCUGCAACGGCGGCGGUGGAGUUGAAAGCAAAAGCUGAGGUUGGGAUUAUCACCUUGACUUUGAGUGGUAAACCUGAGGACUUGAAUAGGUUUAGGUUUCAAGGCACUCAGGUCAAAACACCAUCUGCUGAAAUUGUGUCGGGUUUAUCUUGGGCGAGUGCUAUGGCGUCAUUAAACUACAUCGCUAACAAGAUCAUCAGCCGCAAGUCCCCUCAGGUGCCUGAAGUGAGCAAGGAGAAACCCAAUGGGGUUAAAACGAAUGGUGGGGUAGGGGGAAAUGGUGGUGGUGGAGCUGCCAAAGAAAACAACGGUGGUGGUGGAGGUGUCAAAGAAAACGGUGGUGGUGGAGGUGUCAAAGGAGGUGGGAAUGGUGGCGGCAAUGGAGGUGGGAAUGGUGGCGGCAAUGGUGGAGGUGGGGAAUAG